AUUACAAUAUUUAAUUAAUUUAAUUUCAAAUUAGCACUCUCUCUCUCCCUCUCUCUCUCUCUCUCUUGCUUCACUGGGUUUUGAAGUGUUUGGCUGUUGCUUCCGGUGAGAGCGACACCGUUUCGGCGGCCGCAGAAGCUUUGGCUGGCUGGCACACUUUGCAUGCCUGCCCUUUGGUUGGACCUUCGGUUAUGUGUUUGACAUAGAAAAAAAUUGAAAAGCGAAGAACCAAAACUUGUCUCUUCGACUUAUUCUUCUUCUUCUGUUCCCUUCCUUGCUUGUAACAACAAUGAUCAACCUUUUUAAUCCUUGUUUUUGUCAGGCCUCUGCACUGUCAGAUCCAAAGAACAGAUCAUUCUAUUGCAGUCUCUUCAUUGUAGCUUCAUUGAUCUGUUGUGCUUACUUCAUUGGUGGUGCAUCCAUUGGUAAGGAGUAUAAGGAGAGAUUAACAAGAUGGAAAGUGACCUACUCUAGGCAGAACGCAAAGUUUGAUACAUGCAAGAACCGUUGCCAGCCUUUGGGGAGUGAGGCUCUACCAGAAAGAAUUGUUGCCAAAACGUCGGACUUGGAAGCGCGGCCUUUGUGGGGCUCCUCUGUGAAUAAUGAAAACUCAAAACCUUCUAUGAGCUUGCUGGCAAUUGCAGUUGGAAUAAAGCAGAAAGAAAUAGUCGACAGAAUUGUUAAAAAGUUUCUAUCAAGUGAUUUUGUUGUAAUGCUUUUUCAUUAUGAUGGCGCUGUGGAUAAAUGGAGAGAUUUAAAUUGGAGUGAUCGUGCCAUACACGUGUCUGUGAUGAAUCAAACAAAAUGGUGGUUCGCCAAGCGUUUCUUGCAUCCAGAUAUAGUUUCUGAGUACGAAUAUAUUUUUCUUUGGGAUGAGGACCUUGGAGUUGAGAAUUUUGACCCGAAACGAUAUCUAUCCAUUGUUCGGGAAGAGGGACUUGAAAUAUCACAGCCAGCACUUGAUCCUGACAAGUCAGAUGUGUAUCAUCCAAUUACUGCACGUGUGAAGAAAUUAAAAGUGCACAGAAGGUUUUAUAAGUUUAAAGGCAGUGGAAGGUGUGAUGACCACAGCUCUGCCCCUCCGUGUGCAGGUUGGGUGGAAAUGAUGGCACCUGUAUUUUCAAGAGCUGCUUGGCAAUGUGUAUGGUACAUGAUCCAGAAUGACUUGAUCCAUGCAUGGGGCCUGGACGUGCAGCUUGGUUAUUGUGCACAAGGAGAUCGAACAAAAAAUGUUGGUGUGGUUGACUCUGAAUAUAUAGUUCAUCUUGGUCUUCCUACACUUGGUGUCUCAGAUGGAAAUAAGGUGACUAAUGCCCCAGCUCCUCCUCAGAAAGGGGACCCCGAAGCAUUGGCACCAUCUGCCUCUGAUAAAGUCAAUGACAGAGCUAAAGUUAGGAUGCAGUCCUUUAUUGACAUGCAGAUCUUUAAGGAAAGAUGGAGUAAUGCAGUAAAGGAGGAUAAAUGUUGGGUUGACCCAUUUCAACUAUCAGCAAACUGAAGUAACCAAAAAGUCUAUUUACAGGACAUCCAUCACGCAAAAUGCAUGGUUGGUGGCCCUUCUUAUACACAGACAACAGAAAUCAGACUCACAUCACUGUGCAUACAAUUACUGCGUGAGACAAUAUAUCACAAACGACAUAUAGAAUUUUCUGGUGAUGCAAAUUCAUUUCAAACAGCUGACGACAACUAUUUGAAGACUGAAAUGGAAGUUGUGAUAUGAAAUUCACUCACCAAUUUGGUUGAACAGCUGGUGCCUGGUGACACAACGUAUUGUUGUAUUCCGGGCAGGAAUGAUCCGUACAGCUUAUUUUGUUGUGAUUGUAUCAUCGAUUCGUUGUAAAUUGCACCAUAUAAAGGCUCUUUUGUUGAUAAAGGUUGUACAUUUCUGUUUUCUUUAGGGAAUUCAGUGUUUGUUGAGAUGCAAUUGUGUGUAAGGUUCUUUGUUUGCAGUUUAUUAAAGCGAACAGAUAAGUUUGUGGAAA